UCUCUCUCUCUCUCUCUCUCUAACAAGACGAGACUUUCUCUCUCUAAAAAUCCUCCAUUUUUGACGACCGAAGAAGAAACGCAACGCGGAAAGAAGAAGAAGACGACGAUAUCACGACCCGAAUUGAUGAAUGCCACAAUCUGAAGGGCCGAAUCGAUGAUCCUGACCCAAGCAGUGACCUACUACCUGUCGGAGCACCCCUCGAUCGUCAGCUUCCGGUGGAGCCACACCCAAUCAUGGGGCUCCACGUGGUCCUUCCUCUUCUACUCCAUCGCCGCCUACCUCGCCCUGUCCCUCUUCCUACACUGCGCCCUCCUUCUCGUCCUCCGCCGCCGUGACCGGCCCGUCCCCCUAGGCCCCGUCCCCGCCGUGCACAGCCUCGUGAUGGCCCUCCUCUCCGCCACAACGUUCGCCGGGAUCCUGCUCUCGUCGGCAGCCGAGAUCCGGGACACGCGGUGGCUGUGGCGGCGGUCGAGGCUCGCGACCUCGCCCUUCCAGUGGCUCCUCUGCUUCCCCCUCGGGACCCGGCCCUCCGGCCGCGUCUUCUUCUGGUCGUACAUGUUCUACCUCUCCCGGUUCUUCCACAUGAUCCGCACUUUCUUCACCAUCCUCCGCCGCCGGAAGCUCUCCUUCGCCCAGCUCUUCAACAACUCCAUCCUCACCUUCAUGUCCUUCCUCUGGCUCGAGUUCUCCCAAUCAUUCCAGGUGCUGGCGAUACUGUGCACAACGUUGGUCUACUCGGUGGUGUACGGGUACAGGUUCUGGACGGCAAUCGGGCUGCCGAGCGCGUGCUUCCCGUUCGUCGUGAACUGCCAGAUCGUCCUGCUCUGGUGCAACCUGGCGUGCCACGUUGGAUUCCUCCUACUCCAGCUCAUCAAGGGAGGCUGCAACGGCAUCGGCGCCUGGGGAAUCAACUCCGUCCUCAACGGCGCGAUCUUACUCCUCUUCUUGAAGUUCUACUUAAAGAUGCACAAGAAAUCAUCAUCACCACCAGCAUCAUCGUCUUCUUCUUCUCCAAGCGGGGAGGCUGAGGGGGAGAAGAAGGCAACGGUGAAGGAGAAGAGCCUUUAACGGUGAGUUUUGGUUGGCAGCCGCAGCGCACAAUACCAAGGUCUUUGCAGGGCCCUUCUUUUUCUACUUAAUUUUUUUUUUAAUUACGGGAAUUUUUGUAUAAAUGGGCAAAACGGUAUAUACAUGAAUUUACAAAUAAAGCGAAAUAAAUGGUGGAUGAGGAAUCCAGCAAGAAAAAAAAAUGAUGAGGAUGAGGAAGAAGAGCUUGAAAGGUCUUUGAUGUGUUAAUUAGGUUCGUCAGUGUUUUUAGUUUAAUUAGUAGAGUAAUUAGACAAUCCAUCUCUUUUUCAAUUGUAAAAUAUAAUAUUAAAUAUUAUACACAAAUUUUGUUGUGCUCC